AUGAUUUCGAGACAUCUCGCUGAAGUGAAGGGAAUGAUGCAAUCUCUCUACGAGACAUACCUCGGGUAUAAUCCCAAUGAUCCAAACUCUCAGCUCAUGCGUGUUAUGUCUGACAAUCUCCUUGACAGAAACUCAACUAGCGCUGGUCAAACGAUAAAUUUUGUUGAGGUUAUGAUUCAUUAUAUUAACAACCUUGCUACCACCGAUGCGCAGCGGGAUGAGUGGUGGGAGAAAACCACCAUGUUGUUGCCAAUUGAGAUCAACAAAGGCUAUGAGCGGGGUGUCACCACGGAACAAGAUCAGAAAAACCUUAAAACGUACUUGCAGUAUCUUCUUGAACGUCAACGGUCACUUCGCCAUAUCAAGUUCAUCAUCUCCCGCAACCGGUUAACCGAUCCGGUGUACGUGCACCAUACCAAAAACGCCGUUGACCACAUAUUUGAAUUUGCUACCGCCAGCCCCUGGGACAUAACGGUGAGGAAGUUGCAGAAUAUGUUUCCUCCAGGUUAUACUAUUAACGGCGAACCUGUCGUUGCCAGAAUCCAUCUCAUCACGGCUAACUACCGCGAAACGAUCAGUUAA